GAAAGACCAAUAGGAUUAUGCCUGAAAAUUAUAAGACAUAGAAUCAAGAAACGGGGCUUCAUUUUGAAAGUAGUCGUUCAGCAGAGCGGAUGGUUUUCCAGUUACGGAUUACGUAGGACGAUAUCCGAUCUUUUCCAACGCAGAGAGAGUCAAUACAUCUGGUUCCUUGAAAUCUAUCAUCAAGGUAAAAUGGCAGCUGAACAGUAUAAUCCUGUAAAUGUUCAAUGUGUACCGGGGAGAAAGGCUCUGACCUUUCACUAUAAUGUGGCAGGAAUUACGGAUGUGUCAUGGGAUAUUGUCCAGAAAGAUAGGGAACACGUUGCCAAAUUUCGAGCGACUGCUGGUGGUAGCAAGUAUGGUCACACAACUAACCCUUUUCCGGACAACAUCAGAGUCCAACUGGUCAACGCCAGCCAGAAAACUACCAGGAACGAUUUCCAAGUAACGGUGAAAUCGAACAACCACGAGAUCAGAGAUUAUUUUCGUUGUUAGAUUACCAAAACAACAAACUCAAAGUAUUGCUAAAGCAUGGGAAAAUGAGAAGAGUUCCCCAAUCAGUUCGAUUUUGUAAUAGAAUGUAAUUUAAUCAUUAGAACUGUGUCUUGUACUGCUAUUUAAAACCAUUGUCUUGUAAUAAAACUGUGCUCUCAUUCCACGACCUGUAUUCUGAUAGCGCUAGCACAUUUAUUGUUUACUUACCUAUCUCCCCUCUCUGUCUUGUCGAAACCACAAAACAAUAGGUAAAUUCUACAUCGAUUUCAGUCCUGAAUAAUAUACCAAAUUCGGAAUCGGUUGAGUGUGCAAUGAGAACGCGACCACCUUAAAUAAACCAUAAGUAAUUAAAACUGA